GGCAAAAAUUAUCCACGACAUUUGUUCUGCUUGGAGGAGGGUUUUCUCGAAGUAAAAGAUACAACAAUCUACUUGUGAAUAGUGAAACGCUGCCAACUACCGUGUUGCGAACCCCUUUUCUGCACGAUGGAGGAAGAUUGGGAAGCAUUGGCGGAACAAAAGUCCGAGCAGCUGUUUGCCAAGCCAGACGUGAACAAGUGGGCUGGCGAGGACGAGGAUGAUGUAAAGGACAAUUGGGAGGAUGAUGAUGAGGAGGAAGAGAAGAAGGAUGCACCCAAGGAAGAUACACCUACUAAAAAUGCCAAACCGAAGAAAACUGCCCAACAAAAGGUGUUAAAACAAGAGGAAUUGGAACGACUUCAAAGAGAAGAGGAGGAGGAAGCCAAUCUAACGCCGGAACAGAGGUUGGCCGAAAAGCGAAGGUUGCAGAAGCUGCAGGAAGAGAAUGACCUUAAAACGGCCAUGGAAACGCUAGGCAUCAGUCCCAUGUCAUCUGGAAACGGUAUCGACGGAAUGCAUCCGACCACCAAGGAGGAAUUUACCGAACUAGCAGAAGCGAUAAGCAAAAAGCUCUCGAACUACCGUGCCCAUACUGAAUAUCAAGGAUUUUUAGAAGAGCUGUUACUAAAGUUAUUUGCCAGCUUAUCAUCAAAUAACAUCAGGAAAGCUAAAACUACCUUAGACAACUUGUACUUGGAAAAGCAGAAGGUCGAGAAAGGUGAUAAGCCAAAGAAGACCAAGGGAAUUAAAGUGAAAGCAAAGCUGCGCGUCGAAGGAGAGAAUUCUACUUUGAACGAAUAUACCACCAAGUAUGAUGAUUACGAUGAUUACGACGAUUUCAUGUAACGGUGCAUGUUGGUGCACCUGUCGGUUGGAACCUGCAGCAUCAAUGCCCAUGUCGUCAUUAGAAGCACACCAUCGCCAUCACCAUCACCCCGGGUCUCGGAGGAAUCGUGUGGAAGAAGUUGAUCGCAGUCAUAUACGGCCCCCCGCCAGGACGGUACAGCGGAUAGGAGAAAUUGAAAAUACACUCGCACAGGCAUACAACAUGGUUAUGCGCGGGGGAGUGUAGGGUAGGGAAGAUUAUUUACAUUAGCUGUGUAUAUUCUCAGUGUUACUCGAUACAGUUUUGUUACAUUUCAACUCGUUUUUGAUAACUAUAGCAUGACAGUCUCCGAAGGUAGAAGGCAGCGAAAGAAGAUACCCUAUAUAGGAUAGGAAAAUGUACGCCAACAAGGCGACAGUGUAAUGGAGGGUUAUAAUAUCGUACGUACCGUUAAUAACCACCAGCCAGGAUUAAAAUUACCUUCACGUUUGGCAAUUACUGUAGUAGCAACGUUCUAGCGAAGAGUAUAAAGGGUUCCAUUCUUAGCAUACAAAAUAAAUCUUCGAGAAUACUGCUGACAUUAAGAGACGACCAAUUUGAGUGUAAAUAAAAGGGGGA